CAGACUGGCGUUAAAUCUCUCUUCGAUCUCGAAAACAAGUUCCUUGGAAACCUCCAAUUGGCACCGUCACGUGUUCACAAUGUCCUACGGAAUGUCGGGAAAUUUCCUCUCAUCAUAACCACUAAUAUGGACGAGCUGUUAGAGCGCUUCCUCUGGAAGACUGGGAAUGGUGGCGAGAAACUGCGUUUGGACCAGAUUUCGUGCCUUGCCCAGUCCUGGCCGGAUCUACGUAGAGAUUUGAUCAUUAAGUGCCUUGGAGAUGCAGGUUUCAAUGCGAGGACGUUGCCUACUAGUAAGAAGUUCUUCGAGAACUUUUGCAGCGCCCUUGAAAGCUCAGAGGUGGAAUUUAUGCGUCAAGUUUUCAAUGACAGAUCUGUGCUGUUUCUUGGCUGUGACCCGGCACGUACAGAGUACAAGAACUUCUUCCAAAAGUUUGCAGUCAAUGCAAAGAUGAAACAUUACAAGUUUGAGACUUACGGUGAGUCAGAUCUAGAGAGAAAUGGGAAUCUUCUCACUCUGAAGGCAAACAUACAGCCCUGGGAAUUUGUACAGUUCUUAAGUACAGGAACUAUUCAAGAAGAAAUUCAACCUGGACAGGUUUAUGAAAGAUCUUACUUGCGAAUCCAACGGGAAGAAUAUCUUCAACAACAACUUACACUGGAGAAAAUGGCCUCAGAGAUUAUAUUUCACACAAUCAAUAUAACAAACGCAUUGUCACCUGACGAGUACUUUGAACAGAUCUCACGUCCUGCCAUACAAGACAUGUUUGCAAAAGAUCCUUUCGGUAAGUUUUUAUUAUUUUACUGUUUAUUUUAGCAUGCAUUGUAGCAACCUCGCAGGGGAUUUCUAAUAUUAGCCAGUCGCUUAACUGUCUCAUUUACUUUGAUAGUGUCGAAUAGGGGUGGGAAACAUGAAUAAACAAGGAGAGAUAGAUGGACGGGCCGAAAGAGAGGUAAUAGAAAAUGGGGAGAAGGAGAAAGGAGGGAGGGACGAAGGGACGGAAGG